CUGAGUGACAGAAUGAUUUAUUUUACCGGAAUAAACAGUUUUGUGGUCAUUUUUGGUUUUCUUAGUCUAUUGUCAUGGUCGCUAUGGUCGCUGACGGUUUCCCAGAUCAGCAAUAUGGAGAAGGCGUUCGGACUAACCAGUUCCGAAUCCGGCUGGCUUCUUACCGUAUGGGAGAUAGGCUACGUGAUAUGUACGGUGUUUGUUAGCUACUUAGCUCGCCGCCUCCACCUCGCCAGGAGCAUAGGCGUUGCAACCAUAAUCUGCGGCCUCUCCGCCUUUGUGUUUGCCUUGCCGCACUUCGUGGCUUUCUCUUACGAUGAAGUGAUAGAGUCUAUCCAAACAGAAAACACAACCUUACACACAGCCCCAAACCGUAAAAUCCACGAAACACUUUGCACGGUUUCCACCAACGACAGCUCAACGGAUGGAUGGACUCCGGUUGACAAUACCACUAGCGCUCCGCUCAAAAAGGCGGCUAGCGGCUCCAGCAAGAUGAUGGCGUACGUCCUCUUCAACAUCGGGAUGAUCCUACAAGGGGCUGGUAAAGCGCCUUGCUACCCCUACUCCUCACAAUACAUCGACGACAACGUUGAUCAACAGAAAACAGGAUUCUACUUCGGUAUCAUAUCGGGCAUUGCAGUGUUCGGACUGGCGCUGGGCUACGGGAUGGGAAGUUUAUCCAGCAAUAUGUUUGUCACGCUCAAAGCCACAGUCCUCUCGAAGACGGACAGCCGGUAUAUCGGCGCAUGGUGGCUGGGCUUUUUUAUCAUCGGGCUGGCGACCACGGCCGUCUCCGUUCCCAUGUUCUUCUUUCCGCGGCAUCUCAACGGCCAGCCGCCACUGCGACACGACCAGGAGGAGAACCGGAAAAGGAAACAGCCAUCGGUCAGGGGUGAAUUGAAACAUGUGGUCCAGGCGCUGUCGGCCAUAUUUCGGAGGCCCGUGUACAUAUUGACGCUGAUGUCCUCCGUGUUGCAGAUCCUCUCCCUCGCCAUUUUUCUGGGCUUUGAACCCAAGUACAUGGAGACCCAGUUUCUCGUACCAGCCUGGAAAGCCAACAUCAUCGUGGGCGUGGUCAGUAUCUUGUCGUUUAGUAUUGGGAGUCUGGUUGGCGGGACGGUAACGCGUCGCUGGAAGAUGACUCCUGCCACCCAUCUAGGGGCCAUGGUGGUCAUGUAUCUCCUCGUCACCAGUUUCCUCACUAUAGCAACAUUCCUCGGAUGUGGAUCUCAGUCCGUCACCGAUCCGCUUCACAACCAAACGUGA